AUGAGAAAAGGAGAAAAGGCACUAGUUGACAGACUAACGCAAGAUAUCCAGGGUAUCGAGGGAAGGGUUUGUUGUGGUGGUAAAAUGUCUGUCCCAAAAGACUAUCUUCGUCUCUUUUUCGAGAACAAAAAUAGCAAUAAAGUCUCGGCUAUUCAGUUACCCGCCAACGAUAACGAAAUCAAGGCCCUAUUUGACGCGUGCGUUCCUGCUACUUUUGGACGUGGAAAUGAAGAUGUUUUUGAUGUGGAGUAUCGGAAUGCGGUUUGUCUUGAUCUUCGAAACUUUGCUAUUCAAUUCCAUCCAUCAGCCACAGACCUUCUUAAUGAGAUUAGCAAAUGGAUGGUCUCAAAUCAUCAUAGUUUGAGGGCAGAGUCAUACAGGCUAAAUAUUUAUGCACCAGGUGGCCAUUUUAAAAAACAUGUUGACACACCCCGAGGAAACGAUAUGGUUGGUUCCCUUGUUGUGUGCUUUCCCUCAGAAUUUGAAGGAGGUCAACUCAAUGUCAGACACAAAGAAAAGAAUUGGGAAUUUAAUUGGGAAACCGCAAGUAAUCAAUCCGAACAAGUACAAUGGGCAGCCUUCUAUUCAGACUGUGAACACGAAAUAUUACCUGUCACCAAGGGGUAUCGCGUUACAUUAACAUACAAUCUGUAUUCAGAGAAGACUAAAGCUGUCGGAAACGUCAGCGUUGAUCUGAAAGCGCUUCCCUUUUACCAUUCUCUCAAGUUGGCCCUACAAAGUUCUAAUUUUUUAUCUGGCGGAGGCAUUCUUGGAUUUUGCUUGCAGCAUGCAUAUCCGCUUACUAAAGGUGAAUUCAGAGAUACAUUUGGAAGUUCACUUAAAGGCAGUGAUAUUCUUUUAUAUGAGGUUGCCCGAGGUCUAGGACUUAAUGUUGAAAUCAAAGCAGUCUAUGAGGUCGACUUUGAACCCGUAGAAGAUGAUAGUGAUGAUUGUGAAGAAGAAUUUCCUAAAAGGCGGCAUAAGACAAGUCGCGAUUACGGCCUGUCCUACCAAGAUCACAAGGUUCUUAUGGUGGGUGACGAGUUCGUCGGUGGAGGUAAUGAUUACGAGGAUGAGCGGAGUGAAUAUCAAAUAAUUAAACAGGACUGUGAUGCUAGGAUACGCCGAGAAGUUGUCUGGUGCAAUCGCCCGACGGAAUGGAACGAAGCUAGUACAUAUAUUGCAUAUGGGAAUGAAGCAACAUCUGCAUCCAUAUAUGUCGCGGGUGCUUUUCUCGUUAAUAUUCCUCCUUGGGAUGUUAGAAGAAAGAACGAUCGAUUGUAA